AUGGGCGGCAGCGGAUGCACUUGUGGCCUCCUGCCUUGCAUUUGUGUGGGCGAUGCAGAGGAUGCCGUGGACUUCGUGGAGGAAGCUCAAGAUGCACGCAACUCCGGCGGCGCCAUGACGGCGAAAGCGAAGCUGCGCCAGUUAUUCGCGGCCAACGCCACAGCGCAGUGCAUGAGCUGCAUGAUGCUCCCAUGCAUUUGCCCCGCUGAUGAUGACUCCACAAUAUUAGGCGCAGACGAAACUACUAGCGUGGAGGCUGCUAGCCCGUCGAUCUCGGACCAAGACCAAGGAACUGUCGACGAGGAGACGGAUGAGUAUGGGCGUGUGCUUCUGGGUUCAAUUACCACGGACAACCAAGAGAAAAACAGAGGCGACGUGUGGAUAGCAAAAGAGAUUAAACCCUUGCUGAAACCUCACCAAGUGGAAGGCGUGCAGUUUCUACACUCGCACGUAGCUGCUGGCCGUGGGUGCAUCUUGGCGGACUACAUGGGACUUGGCAAGACGCUGCAAGUCAUCACUGUUAUUUAUUCCUUCAUAGUUGACGAAAUCGAUGCUCGCAAGCGACGCAGCAAGGACGAUGAUUCGCUCGGUGGCGAUACAUGCAAGGCAGACCCAACGAGCUCAGAAAAGCACAACAAAAGCUGCGAGGAUGAGGAUCCACCCGUGACGGUGCUGGUUUUGUGUCCGGCUAUUUGUUUACCUAACUGGGAUUCCGAGUUCCACAAAUGGCUGGGUGCCGAGGCGCGUGCGCGUUGUCCUGUUCUAACGUUGGAUUCUUCCACAACAAAGAGCACUACUGCAGGUCGAUUGCGACUGCUACAACGCUGGAAGCGUAUUGGCGGUGUUCUGCUAAUGGGGUACGAGAUGUUCCGUGGGUUGUUGAACCCUACAACGACGCCGGUGAGCUGUGCUACAGAGCGCGAUGCAUCUAUCCGAGUAUGCUCGCGAAUGGCUUCUGCCACCGUGGAAAUCACCAGCGCUUCAGCGCAUGAGACGGCCAAACUGCAGCGCACAGCGCGCGAGUUUCGACAGCUGCUGUGUGCUCCAGGUGCUGAUCUUGUGGUCAUGGAUGAAGGUCACCGGAUGAAGGACCCAAGCUCGUUGCUGUGUCAGAGUGUGGCUCAAAUUCAAACCCCUCGACGUCUCGUACUCACUGGUUACCCUGUGCAGAACUCGCUAUCGGAGUACUGGUGCAUGGUCAAUUUUGCACGGGAGGGAUUCCUGGGUAGCUACGACGAGUUUAGGGCGAAAUAUGAGCGACCUAUCCUAGAGGGAAAUUUGACACGUUCGCAAGAAUUGAUUGAGCUGCUACAGAGUGUCGUCUUGCGUCGAGGCAAGGCACUGCUGCGUUCCCAGCUGCCUCCGAAAAUGGAAUGGAUCUUGUAUUGCAAGCUUUCGUCAGUGCAGCACCGUUUGUACAACGAUUUUCUCCACUUUUAUGGCGAUGAUGGCUCCACCGGUGGGGCCACUGCUGACCUGUUAACUGCAUACGCCGCACUACUGCAAGUGAUGAACCAUCCGGAUAUUAUUUAUUCAAAACUCUGUCCUUCCCAGGAAGAUGGAUCCGCGUCGCUGCUAGAGGAGGACGAAUUCAACGAUGUUUUGGACGAUUCGAGCGGCUGGGCGUGGGAGAGUGAAGAACGCUUACAGGAAAAGCGACAGCUUGCUGCAGCUCAGAGGCGUAGAAAGCGCCAGAAGAUCACGGACACGCAAAAAUCCUGCGAAUGGGCGCGCUCUGUUAUCUUCGGCGAAAGCGGAGGAGCUGUCGUGCCUUCAGUGCAGCCCGUGGCAAGUACGUAUCACGCACAAGUGCUUGAAAACAGUGGAAAAAUGGCGGUACUUUUGCGUAUUGUGGAAGAAAGCUUUGCUUGCGGCGAUAAAGUGGUCGUGUUCUCCCAGAGUGUGCCUACUUUGAAGGUUAUAUCCGAUUUCCUGCGAGCAAGUGCCUUCAGUCCAUCGCGUGCUGCUGACGACACUGCUAAGGGACGGAAACGCUUGAAGGAAGGUGGUCCAGCAAGCAAACCAAAACGCCGUAGAAUUGCCCCGCGCCCGAAUCGUGACCCUGCUGGAAUUCUGCGCAAGCGUCGGAGCCAGGCAGGGGCUAGCAGCCAGAGUGCUCGUAAGACUGGUGUUGCCGCUGCGGUGUCAAAUGCCCCAUCCAAUGAGUGGUUUUUGCAGAUCGACGGCAGCACAAACGGCGCCAAACGUAUGGAGUACAUUCAGCGCUUUAGCUCUGCAGAUUCGCCAGUGAAGCUGCUUUUGGUGUCUACGCGCGCUGGUGCAGAGGGUAUCAACCUUCACGCAGCAAAUCGUUUAGUGCUUUUCGAUGUUAGCUGGAAUCCCUCCAACGACCACCAGUCAAUGUGCCGCUCGCACCGCAUCGGUCAGGCCAAAACUGUGCACGUAUACCGACUAGUGAGCACAGGCACAAUGGAGCGCAUGAUAUACGAGCAACAGAUGAAAAAAGUUGAUCUUUCGACGUCGGUGGUGGACAGCCAUGAGCGCGUAGACCAAAAGGAGCGCACAGCGGAAGCUUCCAGUCUAUCAAUUACGGACGCAACAUCUCCGGCAAAGGGGGCAACGAGUCCGGUGCCAUUUAGUGGGUUCCUCCAGCCUCCUACCGAGACGGAUAAAGAGCUCGUGGUAGAUGAGGACAUCGCUAGAGAGGACGACGUAUUGGCAUCGUGCGUUAAGCAGCUAGGCCGCUGGAUUGCUGGCGUCCAUCGUGUGCAUGAGCCCCUGGACGACGAGAAACAGGUUCUUGCGUAA